CACGGCCCCGCCCACCGCGCGGUGUUGGGGUUGGUUCCCGAGUGGGCAGCUCCGGAGCAACGCUUGCUCGCGGCGCGCCAUGGCUGGGCUGCUGGUGCUGCUUAGCCCGGCGGGAAGAGUGGGCUCCCGGAUACUGCCCCGGACCCCUUGGCUCCUGGGAGCCGCCACCUCCUGCGCUCCACCGCUCUGGGCCUUGGCCUUGUCCCGCCCCGGGCCGGACUCCCGGCUGCUGCACACGGCCCGCAGGGACUGCCUCAGCCGCCAGGAGCCCAGCAGAAUCACUGAGCCAGGAAGCGGUGCCAAGAGCACAGAGGGAAAGCUAAGCAAAUCACAGCAGCUGAAGAAGGUCUUCCAGGAAUACGGGGCCGUGGGCGUGUCGGUGCACAUUGGGAUCUCGCUGGUCUCCUUGGGGAUGUUCUACACAGUUGUUUCCAGUGGCAUCGACAUGUCUGCCGUCCUGCUUAAGCUUGGCUUCAACGAGUCCCUGGUGCAAUCCAAAAUGGCAGCCGGCACCAGCACAUUCGUGGUAGCCUAUGCCAUCCACAAGCUCUUUGCGCCCGUGAGGAUCAGCAUCACCUUAUUCUCCGUGCCCUUCGUUGUUAGAUACUUACGCAGAGUGGGACUCUUUAAGCCUCCAGCCACCAAGCCAUGAGGAAGCCAGUUUCUUCUGAACUACAGGAUUUGGGUUGGUUUCAGGGUGGGGUUUUUUGGGGGAGUAUGGGGCAGAGGCUAAUGACUGUGUUCAUUGGGGGUUUAUUUUACUUUUGCCAGCAAUAAUCUGGUGUGUUAAUUUACUUUUUUAAAAAUGAUAUUCCUCGAGGAGCCAUGUUCGUGACUUAAAAUGUCACCAAGGCUUCAAAAUGAGUUGACAGCCACUCACGGUGGUCCAGGCCAGUAAGGCCAGCUACUGAGGAGGCUGAGGCAGGAGGAUCUCAAACUCAAAGCCUGCUUGAGCUACUGCGAUUGGGGUCAACAGUGAAGGGAGGGGCAAAGGGCAUUGGCAGCAGAGCCCUCGCCCAGCACAGCAAGAACCUAAAUUUGAUCCCAGUACAAAAUGGGACUGCCUACAGAAUGCCUCUUAGAUCAUUAGGCAGGAGUCUCUGCAGCGCCCCACAGGGCUAACCUUGGCUCAGGUUCCUGAAAAGCAGUGGUUAAUUUGAGAACACCCUCUCGCCUGAUUUAUCACUGGCAGCAACCUGCAGUUAACACACAGUAUUCUGCAGACAGCUGCCAGCACCAGUUAAUCAAGGAAAAAUUAACAAUCCCUAAUCACAGUCUCCAUUAACAUCAAGCCCUUGACCUUCGUAACAAUUGUGUCCAGGAAAACCAGCCAUGAGCUUCUGGUGUGUUCACUGACUCCAGAGCGACUUCGUGUCUGGGUGUGAUGAGGCUAUUUGUCUGCAGUCUCACUGAUACGGGGCAGUAUUGUUUGUAAAGUAUGGAAACGCGGCCCAGGUGUAACGGCGUCACUUGGCUCCUGAUGCCCAUAUUCAGUGGAACUCAGAUCCUUCCAUAGAAGCUAAAAAACAUCCUAGCUUUCUCAGACAAUCCUCUUAGCUAUCUAAACCUUGAGACAUUCCAGAGCUGACACCAUGUUUACAGUGUGCCACUGUUUAUGUUUUUUAAUUGAUUGAAUCAUAUGCAUGAAGUAUUUCUACCACUUUCCAAAAAAAAAUGGAAAAUGUUGUCUGUUCCGAGUAGAAGACAACCGUGUAGGACUACAAGCCGAGGGGAAGAGAGACCUUAGGGUUCUAUUGCUGUGAUGAAACACCAUAACCAAAAGCAAUUGGGGGUGGGGGGUUGAUUUCACUCACACGUCCAUGUAACAGUUCAUCAUCAAAAGCAGUGAGGGCAGGAGGCAGGAGCUGAUGCAGAAGACAUGGAGGGUGCUGCUUACUGGCUUGCUCAUCAAGGCUUGCUCAGCCUGCUUUCUUACUCAGGACCAAAAGCCCAGGAAUGGCACCACUCACGAUGGGCUAAACCCUCCCCCAUCAAUCACUAAUUAAGAAAAUGCUAUACAGGCUUGUCUACAGCCCUUUCUUAUGGAGGUAUUUUCUCAGUUGAGGUCCCCUCCUAUCUGAUGACUCUGUGUCAUGUUGACAUAGAACUAGGCAGCACAAGAGAGUGGGACAGGUUUAACUACAGUCCACCACGGGAGGGUAAGUGUAGAGGGUGCGUUUAAGAGUAGAAACCAAAGCAGACUCUCAAGCCGAGGCUUCCUCCUCCAGGAAGCCAGGAGCAGGAAUUGGCUCCAUCGCUCAACCCUCCCCUCUGGGCAGGCACUUGUUAUGUCAUAUCCAAAAGAAACUCCAGUCCCCAAGCCCCAAAGGCAGUCCAAAGAUCCAGGAAUGGGGUCAACCUAGACUAAAGGAUUUCUGGUGGUUACAUAAAAGCCAGCAUUCCUCAGAACUUGUGAAACCGGUUCCCCUCUACCAAAAGCAGACAUUUCCCUUCCCUCUGACAGAAGGGAGCUAUGGCUACCUGUGGCUAUCAGCAUAUCAAAGCUCAUGCUGGCAUCACAAGUACCGGCCACACAUCUAAGUCCAUGGUAGCACCUCCUCUUGUACCAAACUCCCUUGAACUCGCAGGCUUCCCUUCCCCAGCUACUCUCCUCCGCUCCUGCUACUGUGUUCUCUCACAGGUAUCCCUGGUUAGGUCUAGUCUGGCUGUUCUCUCCCCUUAGGCACCAUAUCAGUUUAUACAGUUCUUCCCUGGGGAGCCAGAUUUUGAAGUCGGCUCAGCCGCAUAGUGACAAGGGUUGCAUUCGUUUUUCUUGCUCACAAUUCCGUUGACAAUCAGAAAAUACAAAGAAAGCACUGCUAGCUGGCAGGAACACAUUUUACUGAAAUCUGGCUGACAGUUUCUUAGCCCACAGUCACCCACACCAUUUGUCGCGAUUAACAUUUAAAAGAAUUUUUGUGAGACAGACUCUCCGCUUGUAAGAUCUUUAAAGUGGGAUUGCAGUCUUUUCCUCUUUGUUUUUAUAUUUAUUUUAUUUAUUUAUUAUGCAUACAAUAUUCUGUCUGUGUGUAUGCCUGCAGGCCGGAAGAGGGCACCAGACCUCUUUACAGAUGGUUGUGAGCCACCAUGUGGUUGCCGGGAAUUGAACUCAGGACCUUUGGAAGAGCAGGCAGUGCUCUUAACCACUGAGCCAUCUCUCCAGCCCCAGUCUUUUCCUCUUAAUGCAGCCCACAGCUGGAAGCUUUUACUGACUUAAGAUCAGGAACUAAUCCACAAAGACAGCCACACAGCUGAGAAAGAAGCCCCAGGUCAAUGUCGGGGGCUUGUGUGGACUAGAUGGAGGGAGAGGUCUCUCCAUCUUGCCCAGCAUGGACCCCCACCCACCCUACUUGCCCAUUCAGGUUCCUUAGUAACACCUAUGCAAAGAAAUACAUUGAAAGUAGCAAUAACACUAAUUGUACCCACAGCAUGUGUCUUUCAAGCCAGGAACCAGAACCAGGGGUGAGUUGAGAGGUUGGAAGACUAAAGAACCAUAUAAACCAGCCAGACAAGCAGAUCUGCUCCUGUUACCUUCAGUGGAACUGGAGCAAGGAAACCAUCUUAAAACGCAAGCCAUCGUUGGCCUCUAGUUUUCUAAGCAGACCCACUGACCAGCUUAGAUUCUGUGAAACCAAUAAGAACUUUUGUAAAAUGA